UAUAAGGAGCUUCAUUGUUUAUCAAAAUGCUCACAACAUCAGAAAGAGAGAAGAGCAAAAAUGGAGAAGGAAACUAUUGCAACUGAGGCACCCAAAGCUCCGGUGACUAGUGAAAGGAAGAUUAGAGAUAACCUGGAAGAAAAAUUACCAAAACCCUAUUUGGCUAGAGCACUGGAAGCUCCUGAUGUGGAACAUCCAAAUGGAACAGCAGGACAUAAGAAUAAUGGAAUGAGUGUUCUUCAGCAACAUGUUUCUUUUUUUGACCAAGACAACAAUGGAAUUGUUUAUCCCUGGGAGACUUACAGAGGUUUGAGAGAUAUUGGCAUCAAUCCAAUUUCCUCUUCUAUUAUUGCAAUUCUCAUCAAUUUAGCAUUGAGUUAUGUCACUCUCCCUGGAUGGCUGCCAAAUCUAUUAUUUCCCGUAUAUAUAGACAGGAUACACAAAGCUAAACAUGGUAGUGAUUCAGCAACAUUUGACACUGAGGGAAGGUUUAUGCCAGUGAACCUUGAGAACAUAUUUAGCAAGUAUGCUCGCACAGAGCCUGACAAGCUAACUUUCCGAGAGAUGUGGCGGAUGACUGAGGCAAAUCGGGUGGCCUAUGACUUUAUUGGCUGGGUUAUAGCCAAGGGAGAAUGGGUGCUUUUGUAUAGGCUUGCUAGGGACGAGAAUGGUUUUCUGUCUAAAGAAGCUGUAAGGGGGUGUUUUGAUGGGAGUUUGUUUGAAUACUGUGCCAAAAUGAACAAGGGUGUUGACAGAAAGAACCACUGAAUGAAGAUUACUAGUUCUAAUAAAAUGUGGUUUUUGCUAUAGGUCUUCAAACAUUUCUGAAUCAAAUUCUUGUCAUUGUAUUAUUGAAUAACUCUUUCAAUCUUUUACUUGUCGGCAAUCAAGUUGAAGUGAUUUCUUAUAA